GAUGGCGCCCAAAACCCGGAAGUGAGCCACUGCCGCGGAGACGCUCGAAGAAACUGAGGCGCCGCGAGCUCCGCGCCCGCUGGACCUGGGUCUGAGGACAUGAUGUUGCCACCACUGCCACCACCACGGAGCGAGAAGCCCAGAUAGACUUGCUGGCGGCCUUGGGUUUUAGAGCCCCACUGCCCGCCAGCUGAUGCUUGCAGUGGGGCCCACCAUGGAUGGGGAGUACCCUCAGCAUCAACCCCCACCAGGGGGCAGCAUCUUAUAUAGCCCGCCCCCUCUGCAGAACACCAUGCUGCACUAUCCCUGGUGGAACACUUUGUCACCACCGCCACCGCCUUUUCCAGUCUUCUCCAGCGACAACCACCAGUUCAUGAGCUCCACCUCCUUCCUGGGUGGCCAGCCCUGCCCAGACACCAGCUAUACCCCUGCGGCCUCUGCCUCCAGCUUCCUGCCAAAGAGCAGUGACUUCCCUCAGGAUUCUUCGUACCUCGAGGACCUCUCCAAUGCCUCCAUCUUCUCCUCCUCUGUGGACUCCCUGUCGGACAUCGUGGACACACCUGACUUCCUGCCAGCUGACAGCCUCAGUCAGGUACCCACCAUUUGGGAUGUGAGCACCGCCUCAUCUGCCCAUGACAAGCUAUUCCUGCCUAGUGGGCCAUUUCCAGGCCUUGAGGACCCUGUGCCCUCCCUCCCCAGCACCCCGCUUCUUGUUAGCUACCAGCCGCAGAGUCAGCCCGAGGAGGAAGAUGAGGCAGAGGAGGACGAGGCAGAGGAGCUGGGCCACACUGAGACCUAUGCUGACUACGUGCCAUCCAAGUCCAAGAUUGGGAAGCAGCACCCUGAUCGUGUGGUGGAGACCAGCACACUGUCCAGCGUCCCACCCCCAGACAUCAUCUACACCCUGGCCCUGCCCUCAGACAGUGGAGUUCUGUCUGCCCUGCAGCUGGAGGCCAUCACCUAUGCCUGCCAGCAACACGAGGUUCUGCUCCCCAGUGGGCAGCGGGCAGGCUUCCUUAUUGGCGAUGGGGCUGGUGUGGGCAAGGGCCGCACAGUGGCUGGCGUCAUCCUGGAAAACCAUCUGCGCGGCAGGAAGAAGGCACUGUGGUUUAGUGUCUCCAACGACCUCAAGUAUGAUGCAGAGCGGGACCUACGUGACAUCGAGGCACCUGGUAUCCCAGUACACGCACUCAGCAAGAUCAAAUACGGUGACAACACUACCUCAGAGGGCGUCCUCUUCGCCACCUAUUCUGCCCUGAUCGGGGAGAGCCAGGCAGGCGGGCAGCACCGCACACGCCUCCGGCAGAUCCUCGACUGGUGUGGGGAGGGCUUCGAGGGCGUCAUCAUUUUUGAUGAAUGCCACAAAGCAAAGAAUGCCAGCUCCACCAAGAUGGGCAAGGCUGUGCUGGACCUGCAGAACAAGCUGCCCCUGGCCCGGGUGGUCUAUGCCAGCGCCACAGGUGCCUCUGAGCCCCGGAACAUGAUCUACAUGAGCCGCCUGGGCAUCUGGGGUGAGGGUACACCCUUCCGGACCUUCGAGGAGUUCCUGCAUGCCAUCGAGAAGAGGGGUGUGGGCGCCAUGGAAAUUGUGGCCAUGGACAUGAAAGUCAGUGGUAUGUACAUCGCACGUCAGCUCAGCUUCUCCGGUGUCACUUUCCGCAUCGAGGAGAUCCCACUGACCCCAGACUUUGAGCACGUCUACAACCGCGCGGCCCUGCUGUGGGCCGAGGCUUUGGGCGUGUUCCAGCAGGCAGCUGACUGGAUAGGUCUGGAGUCACGCAAGUCCCUGUGGGGCCAGUUCUGGUCAGCCCAUCAGCGAUUCUUCAAGUACCUGUGCAUUGCUGCCAAGGUGCACCGGCUGGUAGAGCUGGCCCUUGAGGAACUGGCUCAAGACAAGUGCGUGGUCAUUGGGCUACAGUCCACAGGUGAGGCGCGAACUCGAGAAGUGCUAGGGGAAAAUGAUGGGCACCUGGACUGCUUCGUCUCGGCUGCUGAAGGCGUUUUUCUGUCACUAAUUCAGAAGCACUUUCCCUCAACCAAAAGGAAGCGAGACAAAGGAGUGGGCAAUAAGCGAAAACGGCGGCCACGGGGACGUGGAGCCAAGGCCUCUAGGCUGGCAUAUGAGGCAGCAGGCGUGAUCCGCAUCAGUGAUGACAGCAGCACCGAGUCAGAUGCUGGCCUGGACAGUGACUUCAACUCCUCCCCAGAGUCCCUAGUGGACGAUGAUGUAGUCAUCGUGGACAGCAUAGGGCUUCCAAUGGAUGACCAAGGGCCCUUAUGCCACCCUCAGAGGGACCCACAUGGCCUUGGUGUCCUGGAGCGGGUUGAGUGGCUGAAGCAGGACUUGCUGGCUAAGGUGCGGCUGCUGGGCCAAGACCUGCCAGUUAACACUCUGGAUGAGCUGAUUGACAAGCUGGGCGGUCCCGAGCGGGUGGCAGAGAUGACUGGCAGGAAAGGCCGCAUCGUGUCCAGGCCUGACGGGACGGUGGCCUUCGAGUCACGGGCAGAGCAGGGCCUGUCCAUCGACCACGUGAAUCUCAGGGAGAAGCAACGUUUCAUGAGCGGCGAGAAGCUCGUGGCCAUCAUCUCGGAAGCCUCCAGCUCGGGCGUCUCACUUCAAGCCGACCGCCGUGUCCAGAACCAGCGGCGCCGUGUGCACAUGACCCUCGAGCUGCCCUGGAGUGCGGAUAGAGCCAUCCAGCAAUUCGGCCGUACCCACCGUUCCAACCAGGUCUCAGCUCCCGAGUAUGUCUUCCUUAUUUCCGAGCUGGCGGGGGAGCGCAGAUUUGCCUCCAUUGUGGCCAAGCGUCUCGAGAGCCUGGGCGCCCUGACCCACGGAGACCGCCGGGCCACUGAGUCUCGGGACCUGAGCAAGUACAAUUUUGAGAACAAGUAUGGCAUCCGGGCCCUCCAUUGUGUCCUCACCACCAUCCUGAGCCAGGUUGAGAACAAGGUGCCAGUGCCCCAGGGCUACCCAGGAGGAGUUGCUGCCUUCUUCAGGGACAUGAAGCAGGGCCUGCUUUCAGUUGGCAUUGGGGGGCGAGAGUCCCGCUCUGGCUGCCUGGAUGUGGAGAAAGAUUGCUCCAUCACUAAGUUCCUGAACCGCAUUUUGGGGCUAGAGGUGUACAAGCAGAACGCGCUUUUUCAGUACUUUUCUGACACCUUCGACCACCUCAUAGAGGCAGACAAGAAGGAGGGCAAAUAUGACAUGGGCAUCUUGGACCUGGCUCCUGGCAUUGACGAGAUCUACGAGGAGAGCCAGCAGGUGUUUUUGGCCCCUGGGCACCCACAGGAUGGGCAGGUGGUCUUCUACAAGAUCAGCGUGGACAGAGGCCUGAAGUGGGAGGAGGCAUUUGCCAAAGCACUAGAGCUGACUGGCCCUCACGAUGGCUUCUACCUCUCAUACAAGGUUCGGGGCAACAAGCCCAGCUGCCUCUUGGUGGAGCAGAACCGCGGCAAGCACUUCACAGUGUACAAGCCCAACAUUGGCCGGCAAAGCCAGCUGGAGACCCUGGACAGCCUGUGCCGCAAGUUCCACCGUGUCACCCCAGAGGAGGCCAAGGAGCAUUGGGAGAGUAACUACAUCUACUCGCUGACCCACUGCAGCCACACUGCAUGGAACCGGCACUGCCGGCUGGUGCAGGAGGGCAAGGACUGCUUGCAGGGCCUGCGGCUACGGCACCAUUACAUGCUGUGUGGGGCACUGCUGCGUGUGUGGGGCCGCAUUGCUGCAGUCAUGGCAGAUGUCAGCAGCAGCAGCUACCUGCAGAUUGUGCGUCUCAAGACCAAGGACAAAAAGAAGCAAGUGGGCAUCAAGAUCCCUGAGGGCUGCGUGCGCCGUGUGCUCCAGGAGUUGCAGCUGAUGGACUCUGAUGUCAAGCGUAGGCGGGCACGUGUCAGGGGCCUCCCUGCCACACCCAUACUGCAGGAGCUCCCAUUGCCCUGUGGCCCCAGCGAGGUGCUGGACCUGACCUACAGCCCACCAGCUGAGGCCUUCCCACCCCUCCCGCACUUCUCAUUUCCCCCACCGCUACCUCUGGAUCCUGGCUCUGGGGGACUGCUCCUGGGCACCCCACAUGGCCCCCCUGACCCUGCAGCCCUGGCACAUCAGGGCUGUGACAUCAACUUCAAGGAGGUGCUAGAGGACAUGCUGCGCUCCCUGCACUCAAGCCCUGCUGAAGCCCCAGGCCCACUGGUGGAGGGCGCAGGAGUGGUAGGGGGUGGGGGUACCGAGCGACGGAGCGUCAUCCAAUUCACCCCACCCUUCCCUGGCACCUAGAUGGCAUCUUCCACACCUACGUUUAUUUACUUAUAAUGUGUCCACUUACCAGGGACAGUUCUCUUCUACCGUGGCCUCGCCACAGUGCCUUCCCCAGCUGGCCCCCACCAUCACAGGUCUGGUGGGGUCACUGGUGGUUGCUGUUGGCCCUGUAGCCCUGGGGCUGCUGCUGUGUGCAGGUCCCACUCAGGACCCCUAAGGGGGCCAGGGCGCUACAGCAGGGCUGGGGGUAAAGGCCAGAAAUCUGUGCCUCUCUGGACCCAGGGCCUCCAGCUCUACCCUACCCACCUACAAGGCUGGCCAGGCCUCAACCGGUGAAAUAUCUGAGUGGUCCCAAGAGCUAGAAACUCAGGAAACCCCAGGUGCUCAGGGCCCCGCUGUCUGGGGGCCUCUGUGGGGCAGACCCCCAUUAAUAUAUGCAAUUCCUUCAUCCCCAUGCCUCUCUGCUCCCUAAAUUAUUGCCUGUUUGCCUCUCCCAGGUCCCAGAAUCUGCCAGAGGAGCUUGGGGUAGGGUGGCCCUUUGGUUUCUAUGUGUAUUUAUAAUGAACUCUAAUGUAUAUAUGUAAAGAUAUCUUUUUUAAAUAUACGUGCCUUUUGCCUACUUCCCA